GCCCCCGCCCCCGCCCCCGCGCGCGCAGCCAUGGGGGACCUGCCGGGCGCCGUGCGCCUCUCCAUCGCGCUGCGCAUCCAGCCCAACGACGGCCCCGUCUUCUUCAAGGUGGACGGGCAGCGCUUCGGCCAGAACCGCACCAUCAAGCUGCUCACCGGCUCGUCCUACAAGGUGGAGGUGAAGCUCAAGCCCAGCAGCCUGCAGGUCGAGAACAUUUCCAUUGGUGGCGUGCUUGUCCCGCUGGAGCUGAAGUCGAAGGAGCCAGAUGGGGACCGAGUUGUUUAUACGGGCAUAUAUGACACAGAAGGUGUGGCCCCAACCAAGAGCGGAGAACGGCAACCCAUCCAGAUCACGAUGCCGUUCACCGACAUUGGGACCUUCGAGACGGUGUGGCAGGUCAAGUUCUACAAUUACCACAAGCGAGAUCACUGCCAGUGGGGAAGCCCCUUCUCCGUCAUCGAGUACGAGUGCAAGCCCAACGAGACGCGCAGCCUCAUGUGGGUGAACAAGGAGUCCUUCCUCUGAGGCCGCCUCUCCCCGACGGUGCGGGUCGGCCCCUUCCGAGGCCCCCUUUCGGGUAACCCAGCGCAGGCCUUCACCAAGGCACCCAGCCUCUCCUGCCCCUCGGGUGCCGAUGCCCUCACCGGCCCCGGUUAUUCUGCAAGUGUCCGUUCCCUUCCGAUGUACCGUCCCCGACGUGAAAGGUUGUGACGCCCCAUCCCCGAGAAGCCCCCCACUGUAAUAACGCGUCGCUGUCCCUGCGCCCGGCCACCGACCGCUGCGAGGAGCUCGGUGGCGCGGGCCGGUGGCGCCCCUCCCAACGGUUCGGCUGCAGGGCCGCCGGUGUGUCGUUGCCAAGUUGAGUGAUCGCCCUGUUCUUGGUAAAUGCUAAAUAAAAAGAUAAAACACAAAACCAUGUGUGCGGGUUCUCUCCCAAGUGUGGUGCGGUGGCGGCGCCGUGCAGCUGGGCCAGGCUGCCGGAGAGGCCCCCAGGCUGCGCCUCCUGGGGACAGGUCGGGGACAGGUCGGCCUUUCCCUGGGAACCACGAUGACUGGAGGACAAGUGUUUCAGGACGAUCUAGAACACAUUAGAACUCUUCCAGGUAACUUCAGGGAUUCCGCUGCGGCCCGGUAGACGUGGACCAAGGCAUUGUUGGGGUAACCCGAGGGGACGGCUGCUGUAAGGUCACCUGGCUGGCACGCUCCCGACGUGUCGCAUACGCAUAUGAUGGGCUCCCUGCGUCCCCCUCCUCUGGGACUUUGUAAACCUGCCCGUGGAACUGUAACAAACUUCUGAUAUUUCUUAAUAAAGGUAUUGGAACGGCG